UGCGGGGGGCCGCUGCCUUCCGCCGGCGGAGCCCCGCGUCCCGCCAGGUUCAGGAACCUGAUUUUUGCACCGAAGGCUGUAGGGAACCCAGGGCGAGGAAGAGAAAUCGCUGGCAAUGAUGGGCUGCGGGAGGAGGCAGUGAGCCGGGGGGGGGCUGAUCCUGCACCCCACACUUGGCACACCUCCCUGUCACAGCGUGGCUGCCAUGAGGCCGUCGGUCACACCAUGCCAUCAUGCGUCCCCGGCAGCUCGCCCACCCCGCGGCCCCUCUGCCGUGACGGAGGCUGCGGCCGCCGAACGCCCGGGGUGCUGCGGGACCCCCAGCCGCUGAGCCCCCGCCGCCCCGGCAUGGCCUCGCUCAUCGUGGUGACCGAGUACGACGCGCCGGGGAGCGCGAGUGAGGAGGAGGAGAUGAACGCGCCCGGCGGCGAGGGUUUUGGGGACGGUCGGGAGCCGAGGGCGAAGCUGCACCUCUCCGGCCGAAAGCUCUCCCUGCAGGAGCGGUCGCAGCCUGCCCGCUCGCCCGGGAGCGGCGACGGCACCAACGAACGCUUCAUCUACCCAUCCCUCCCUUACUCGCCGGUGACGUCCCCGCACUCCUCCCCGCGGCUGCCGCGGCGGCCGACGGUGGAGUCGAACCGCGUGUCCAUCACGGGACUGCAGGACUGUGUGCAGCUCAACCAGUACAAGCUGAAGGAUGAGAUUGGGAAGGGCUCCUACGGGGUGGUGAAGCUGGCCUACAACGAGGACGAUAACACCUACUAUGCAAUGAAGGUUCUCUCCAAAAAGAAGCUGAUGAGACAGGCGGGCUUCCCCCGCCGCCCGCCGCCCCGCGGGGCCAAAGCCGCCUCCGAGGGCUGCCUGCAGCCCAAAGGGCCCAUCGAACAGGUCUAUCAGGAGAUCGCCAUCCUGAAGAAGCUGGACCACCCCAACGUGGUGAAGCUGGUGGAGGUCCUGGAUGACCCCAGCGAGGACCACCUGUACAUGGUGUUUGAACUGGUGAAGCAAGGUCCCGUGAUGGAAAUCCCAACCCUGAAACCUCUCAGCGAGGACCAGGCUCGGUUCUACUUCCAGGAUCUGAUCAAGGGUAUUGAAUACUUGCACUAUCAAAAGAUAAUCCACCGGGAUAUUAAACCUUCCAACCUCCUUGUGGGGGAAGACGGGCAUGUCAAGAUUGCUGACUUCGGAGUAAGCAACGAGUUCAAGGGAGCCGAUGCUCUCUUAACCAACACGGUGGGCACCCCUGCCUUCAUGGCCCCAGAGACGCUCUCAGAAACCAGGAAAAUCUUCUCUGGAAAGGCUUUGGAUGUCUGGGCCAUGGGGAUCACGCUGUACUGCUUCGUGUUUGGGCAGUGCCCUUUUAUGGAUGAAAGGAUCCUGAGUUUACACAAUAAAAUCAAGACCCAAACGUUGGAGUUCCCAGACCAGCCAGAAAUUACAGAUUUCUUGAAGGAUUUGAUUACGCGGAUGUUGGAUAAAAAUCCCGAAUCUAGGAUUUCGGUCCCAGAAAUCAAGGAAAGUACUGUGCAACAGCCUUUCGCAGGAGAUUUCUCGUCCUCCGCCCCUGCGGGAGCCUGGAAGGGGCGAGAAGCUGAGAAAAUGGAGACUAAGUUGCACCCUUGGGUCACCAAGAACGGAGCGGAGCUGCUGCCCACAGAAGAUGAGAACUGCACCCUCAUCGAGGUGACGGAGGAGGAGGUAGAGAAUUCGGUCAAGCACAUCCCCAGCCUGGCCACCGUGAUCUUGGUUAAAACAAUGAUCCGGAAGCGAUCCUUUGGGAACCCGUUCGAGGGGAGCAGGAGGGAGGAGCGGUCGUUGUCUGCCCCUGGGAACCUGCUGCCGAAACAAGGCAGCGAAGAUAAUCUGAAAUGCAACGACUUGCCCAACGUGGGAGAGGAGGAACUUCUUUCGUGAACAGCGACUUUAUGGUUCUGUUGAACAACUUGGGCCGGGGCACGUUAUUAAAGCGUGCCGCUGAGGGUGAGCGACAUUAACAGAGCCUACACCAAACACAGCAUGACAUGGCGCUAUUUCAGUAUAAUGCUGGAUGUAGAGCUUACAUAGCAGCAUGUUGUAAGACAUCCGACUACUUGUCAUAAACAUUGAACAUCUCCGAUCGCUUGGACUGCUGACUUCUUGUGGGAAAGGCGCUGGCUGAUAGCAGAGAGGUGAGCUAUCGUGUGGAG